AGCAGCCUCCACUGAGCUGCAGCACCGGAGCCCCGGCGCUACCCCUCGCUCUCACCUAUUUUAGGAUCUGAAGGCUAACUGCAUUCAUGGAUAUUGACAAGUCGCCUGCAUGCUUUUAAAUAAAAAAAUGACAUAUGUCAGCGGUGAUUUUUGACCGGUGACGCGCCUGACUGCGGACAACUGCCCCUUAUUUCUUGCAUCUCCACGCACAGAUACUUCUAUGUCAUCUCCUCCGUCCAAUGGCCGCAGCCUUAGCGCCCCCCUAAGGGUGUCUGUCACCACCUCACAUCCAAUCCAACGCUAAAAACGCAGCUGCGGUUCCACGGGCUCGACUGUCUGGCUAUGCGGUGCUGACCCAGGUGUGUUUUGCGGAUGUUUCACGGACAGUCUGCACGGCUUUGCAGGAAACCAGGCCGUUCCUACGAAUGUCCCACGAGUUGCUAAUUUAGUGCUGCUCCCAGCGUCGUUGCACAGAGAAACAUGCAGUGCCCUGCUUUGCUCCUGACUGUGUUCGCCUUGGCCGUCUCCUCCACCGCUGGAUUACUCUGGGAGGUCCCCAGGAUCUAUGGAGAGGAAGCUACAGGCUACGGCCCAGUGUUUGAGGAGCAGCCUGUUGACCUGAUCUACGCAGAGGAGUCGCCAGAGGCCAAAAUCUCCAUGAACUGCAGAGCAAGAGCUAACCCACCUGCCACAUACAAGUGGAGGUUGAAUAACUGGGAGAUCAAGCUGCUGGAGCAGCCGGACGAGCACUACAGCAUGGUGGGAGGGAACCUGGUGGUCACCAACCCCGACAAGCACAAGCAUUCUGGGAAAUACGUGUGCGUGGCCCAGAACGUCUACGGCACCGUCUUCAGCAAGGAGGCCACCGUCAAGUUCGGCUACCUGGAGAUGUUCUCCACCGAGGAGCGAGAGGCAGUAUACGCGAAAGAGGGACAGGGGGCGGUCCUGCUGUGUGCCCCGCCCCCACAUUACCCAGAUGACCUGACCUUCCGCUGGCUGCUGAAUGAGUUUCCUGUCUUCAUCCCUCUGGAUAAGCGGCGGUUUGUCUCCCAGAAGACGGGGAACCUCUACAUCGCUAAAGUGGAGGCCAGCGACAGCGGAAACUACUCCUGCUUUGUCUCCAGCCCUUCCAUCGCCAAGAGCGUUUUCAGCAAGUUCAUCCCCCUGGUCCUUCAGCCAGAGCGUCCCGUUCGGAAGUAUCCGGCUGAUAUAAGAGUAAAGUUUCCAGACACUUACGCCCUGCUGAACCAGAACGUCACACUGGAAUGCUUUGCACUGGGAAACCCUAUCCCGGAGAUCCGGUGGAGGAAGGUAGAUGGGGAGCUACCCGCCAAUCACGAGAUCAGCAUGGGGGGAGCCCUGCUCCACAUCUACAAUGUGCAGACGGAGGACGAGGGAUACUACGAGUGCGAGGCCCUGAACUCCAAAGGGAAGGACUGGCACAAGUCCUGGCUCUAUGUGGAAGCUGCCCCUGAAUGGGCCAUGCAUAUCAACAACACGGAGAAGGACAUCGGCAGCGAGCUCACCAUGUCCUGUCUGGCCAACGCCAAACCGUGGGCGUACAUCCGCUGGCUGAAAAACGGGUACGCGUACGGGAAAGGAGAUCUGAAGUUCAGCAGCCUGACCUUUGAGGACUCUGGGAUGUACCAGUGCAUCGCCGAGAACAGACACGGAAUCAUCUACGCCAACGCCGAGCUGCGCGUGAUUGCCUGCGCCCCCACCUUUGAGUUUAACCCCGUGAGGAAGAGGCUGCUGGGGGCCAAGAAGGGGAGAGUCGUCAUCGAGUGCAAGCCCAAGGCCGCGCCCAAGCCCAGGAUCACCUGGACCAAAGGGACAGAGCUGCUGGCCAACUCCUCCAGGGUGCGGAUCUGGGAAGACGGAAGUCUGGAGAUACUCAAUGUGACCAAGAUGGAUGAAGGAAGCUACACCUGCUUUGCGGAGAACGACAGGGGGAAGGCCAACAGCACAGGGGUGCUCACCAUCACAGAGGCCACUAAGAUCACCCUGGCCCCGUCCAACGCCGACGUGACCGUGGGCGAGACCGCCAGCAUGCAGUGUGCUGCAUCACAUGACCCCAACCUGGACAUCACUUUCAUCUGGUCUGUGGACACGUACAUCAUCGACUUCGACCGCGAGACCGAGCACUACGAGCGCGUUAUGACUCGCGAAUCGAGCGGCGAGCUGCGGAUCUACAACACCCAGCUGAAGCAUGCCGGCCGCUACACCUGCACCGCCCAGACAAUCGUGGACAACAUGACGGCCUCCGCCGACCUGGUGGUCAGAGGCCCCCCUGGACCCCCGGGAGGAGUGCGGGUGGAGGACAUCAGGGACAAGAAGGUGAAGCUGCUGUGGAGCCAGGGCACAGACAACCACAGCCCCAUCUCUAAGUACAUCAUCCAGUCCAGAGACUCCUUCUCCCUGGAUCCCGAGGAGUGGAAGAACGCCAGCACAUCUCCUCCCACGGUGGAAGGCAACGCAGAGUCCACCACAGUGGUCGAUCUGAUCCCCUGGACGGAGUAUGAGUUCCGCGUCAUCGCCGUCAACACCCUGGGCAUAGGAGAGCCGAGCAUCCCCUCUCCCAAAAUAAAAACCUGGGAAGCAGUUCCGGUGGUGGCGCCCUCUGAUGUUGGGGGUGGAGGUGGGACGAGCAGGGAGCUGACAAUCACUUGGACGCCUGUCCAACCCCAGUACUACUACGGGCGAAACUUCGGCUACAUCGUGGCCUUCAAGCCGCACGAUUACACGGACUGGCGGAAGGUGACGGUGGCUGACCCUGAGGCGCGACGCUACGUUCACAAGGACACGACCAUCCCCCCCGCCACUGAGUUCCAGGUGAAGGUGAAGGCCUACAACAGCCAGGGGGAGGGGCCCUACAGCCUGACUGCCGUCAUCUACUCCUCACAGGACGUUCCCACAGAGGCUCCUGCGGAUGUGGUGGCCAGGACCCUGUCAGCCACCGAGGCCCUGGUUUGGUGGCUGCCCGUCUACCAGCAAACCGUGGAGGGCUAUCAGGUCAGAUACUGGAGGAAGUACUAUGACAACGAGGCGGCGGCCCAGCGGGUGCUAGUUGGGGCCAGUGAGAACCAGACCAGGCUGGAGAACAUGCUGCCGGACUCGCACUACAUGAUUGAAGUGCGGGCCUACAACGACGCCGGAUACGGCCCCCCCGGGGACAUCUACGAGAUCUACACAAAGAAAGCACCUCCAAGCCGCCCUCCCAGAAUAAUCAGCAAAACCUUAAGCUUCACUAGGACCUCAGUGAACAUUGCGUGGGAGCACGUCGAACCCAUGGCCAAUGAGUCCAUAGUAGAGGGAUACAAGGUCCUGUACAGGCAGGUGGGCCACACCACAGGGAAACUGUACACCACUGGGAAGCACUACAUAGACCUCCCCAUGCCCACAGAAGGGGACUAUGUGGUGGAGGUCCGGGCUCGCAGUGAGGGCGGGGACGGAGCUGUGGCAGCGGUACGCGUUUCAGGUGGGGCGGUGCAUGCUGCGCAGUCUCUCGGCCUGGUCACCCUGCUGCUGGUGGCGCUCUGCUCUCUGGGACUCUGAAUGUUGCGCCGGCCCUUUAAAUCUUCACCCUGGUGAAGAGGACUCUGUCAGGGCGGUGCCUACGAAGACUCUUUCCACAGUCCGCGGUUUCCCCCGACCGCUGAACACCGCGCUCCCAGGAAACCCGGGUGUGGACCACAGACGCAUCAAAACAAUUCGGAAAAGGACACAAGGCAUCCAGGAAAUCCCUUAUGUAGUACCUAUACAAUCUCUCUGGAGGAGUAUGAAAUGAGCUCUUUUAACUUGUUCAAUAUGCCUUAUAAAAACCCUUACACUGAUCUUUUACGGCCUGCACGGCUCAUGAUAAAGGAAGCUGGACUCAUCCUCGCAUCUGGGAAACACACUUCCACGGUCACGCCAGGGGUGUGGCCUUUUCAAACCUGAUUCAUCCAUAGUAUGAUGGAUGUAUUAAUUGAUAAUACAGUGGAUUACAUUAAUUAACGGAAUGGGCAGUUGUGAAGGAUAAGUGUAAGAGUAACUAAAUUUGUCUUCUACGUAGUUUGCAAUGGCUUUUACCCCUCCAUCCCAAGUCAAAGCACCCUGUUUCUUCAGGAGAUACAGUCAAAAAAAAUAUCUGUCCGACAUUGUGGACAUACGUUCUGUAUGAUCAUCCUUCCAGACAUCAUACAUUGUGCUUUACUGCCCACAAAAACAAAUCGUUCAUUAUGUCUAGCGUAGAUUAUAUAUACUGGGAUUCAUACUGUGAUUGAUUACAAAUGUGUUCAUUGUAUUUUAGCAGCAUGUAAUCAGGAUAAUGUGAUCAGCUGGACAAUAUGGUACCCAGCUCAGGAUGCUAUGUUAAAAAAUGUAAAAGUGACCAGAAAUUCCCCAAAAACAUGUUGAGAAAGAGAAAAGUAGCAAUUAUAAUGAAAUCAAGAAGUAUCAGAACUGCAAAGUUCGACUCUUUCAACCUUGCUAACAAAUUUAGAUGCCAGUUCCUUCCAUUUGCAUUAGAUUAUGUGGAAAAGAAAGUAUUUUAAAUGUGCAUGUCAAC